AUGGACCCGCAGGCUCUGCGGGAACAGCAGGCUUUGAUUACACAGCGACAAGGCCAGCAGUAUGCGGCACAGUUGCUGCAGCAGCUGCAACGGCAGCAGGCGCUGGCGCUGGCGCAGCAACAGAGGGCGGGGGGAGCGGCAGCUGCGCUGGGCGCCCAUGCUUCAGCCAGACUCAUGCCGGGGCUGGCCGUCCCUGCUGCUCCUGCAGAAGACCAGGAUGUAGCCCCUGACGAGGAGCUGGUCGAGGCGGAGGAGGACGAGGAGAUCUACGAGGCCUACCUGCCCGCGCGCCUCGCGGAGGGCACGCCUCACCCGGACGUCAUCGUCGAGACGGCCAGCCUCGCCUCUGUCAAGCCGCCCGCGGUCACCUACCAGCACCACCUGCAGGACAUUGUGGCUGCGGCGUCGAUCUCCAACGCGCAGCUGGAGACAGUGGUUUAUGCCAACCAGCGCUUUGCGCAGCGGCUGCCUGGAGGGGCACGCGCGGGGUUCUUCCUGGGUGACGGCGCGGGCGUGGGCAAGGGGCGGCAGAUUGCGGCCCUGAUUCGCGAGUUCUUUGAGACGGGUGGCAGCCGCGUGCUGUGGGUGUCGACCAGCACUGACCUGCGCUAUGACGCGCGGCGUGACCUGGAGGAUGUCGGGGCCCUGGGCGUGGAGGUGCAGCCCCCGGAGAAGGAGGCUCUGCCGAAGGGCCAGCUGUCGGAGCACUACGAGGAGGGCGUGCUCUUCGUCACAUACAGCCUUGUGGCCAAGAUCGGCGGCCAGGACGCCGGCAACCGCCGCGGCCUCCUCUCAGACGCGCUGCGCAGCGCCUGCAACGGCCAGCCGCCCCCGACUGCCGGUCGCGGGAGGGGGCGGGGCCGGGGCCGUGGGCGCGGGCGUGGGGCGGCGCAGUCAGCGGCGGAUACGCAGACGGCAGCGGGCACUGCUGCGACUGUGCCUGCGCAGCCGCUCACUGCACUGGAGCAGACCGCCAUGACUCUGGCCAAUGCCGGGGUCAAGCAGGGCAGCAGGCUGUGGCAAAUUGCAGAGUGGCUGGCGGGAGAGGACGGCUCUGGGGAGUGCAUGAUCGUGUUUGACGAGGCUCACCGCGCCAAGAACCUCGUGGCGGAUGAGAACAAGUCCACGCAGACCGGCCGCGCGGUGGCCGCCAUCCAGAAUGCACUGCCCAACGCGCGGGUGCUCUACUCGUCCGCCACGGGGGCCAGUGAACCGCUGCACCUGGCAUACAUGACGCGGCUGCUGGCACCAGGAUUCCGCGACACCUUUGAUCUGGUGUCAACCCUCAAGAAGGCGGGGCUAGGAUCGCUGGAGCUCUUUUGCAUGGGACUCAAGGUGGGGCGGAGGGCGCGGUGGGGCCACAUGUUGAACAAGCUCGAGCAAUUGCCACGGGGUGCUACCUGGCGCGCACCCUGA